GUCCCGCCCCCCCUCUCGCCUUUUUCAAAUUCCGAAGCGGUGCGUCACGCCGCUCCGUUCAGCCCCGGGGCUAACGUCAGGCGUCGCGACGGUCGGGCCAAUCGGCGAGCGCCGCUUCGCCGCGUCCCACCAAUAGGCGAUGACCGGAGGUGGGCAGAGGCGCCGCCCGGUGGGGAAGGAGAGCUGAGCCAGGCGAGGCGGCGGCGGCACCACCACCACCACAAAAUGGCGGCCGGGUCGGGCAGCGCGGCGGCUGUGGUAGCGGUGGGAGGCAGCGGCCCGGCGGGGCCUCAGGCUGCUGGCGCUACGGCGGCGGGAUCCGGCCCGGCGGGGAGCGGUGCGCCGGUGCCGGGUCCUGGGGCGGUGCUGAUCGGGGACCGCCUGUACUCGGGGGUACUGAUCACGCUGGAGAACUGCCUGCUGCCAGAGCACACGCUGCGCUUCACCCCGUCCAUGAGCAGCGGCCUCGACCCAGAUACCGAGACCGAGCUGCGCGUCACCGGUUGCGAGCUCAUCCAGGCAGCCGGCAUCCUGCUUCGUCUGCCGCAGGUGGCUAUGGCUACAGGACAGGUGCUAUUUCAACGGUUUUUUUAUACAAAGUCUUUCGUGAAGCAUUCCAUGGAGCAUGUGUCAAUGGCCUGUGUUCAUCUGGCAUCCAAAAUUGAAGAAGCACCAAGACGCAUAAGGGAUGUAAUUAAUGUAUUCCAUCGCCUUAGACAUCUACGGGAAAAAAAAAAACCUGUGCCUCUAAUACUGGAUCAGGAAUAUGUGAACUUGAAGAAUCAAAUUAUUAAGGCAGAAAGAAGAGUGUUAAAGGAGUUGGGAUUUUGUGUUCAUGUAAAGCACCCUCAUAAGAUAAUCGUUAUGUACCUUCAGGUAUUAGAAUGUGAACGUAACCAACACCUGGUCCAGACUUCAUGGAAUUACAUGAAUGAUAGCCUGAGAACGGAUGUCUUUGUAAGAUUCCAGCCAGAAAGCAUUGCCUGUGCCUGUAUUUACCUUGCAGCUAGGACGCUGGAGAUUCCACUUCCUAAUCGUCCACACUGGUUUUUACUCUUUGGAGCAACGGAGGAAGAGAUUCAAGAAAUCUGCUUAAAAAUUUUGCAACUCUAUACUCGGAAAAAGGUUGAUUUAUCUGAUCUGGAAAGUAAAGUAGAAAAGAAGAAAUUAGCUAUCGAAGAGGCAAAAGCACAAGCUAAAGGUCUAGUACCUGAGGGAGCCCCAAGUUUGGAUAACACAUCAGGAUUUUCCCCUAUCCCAAAAAAUGAGUCUCCAAAAGAGGUUAAAGGAAAUAAGCCUUCACCGCUACCUGUUCAGGCAAUGAAGAAUGCUAAAAGGAAAACAGAGGGAGCAAAAAGAAUGAGUUCAAAUAGCCCAGUAAACGGCAUUCAGAAAGGAAGAGAAAGCAGAAGUCGAAGUGGAAGUCGAGAUCAAAGUUAUUCAAGAUCACCAUCCAGAUCUGCAUCCCCGAAGCACAGGAAAAGUGAAAGUUACUCCACAUCAAGCGGUUCGAAGUCUCACAGCCGUUCUAGGAGCCGCAGUGACUCUCCUCCAAGACAGUUCAACCACAGUUCUAGCUACAAAGGUUCCAAGGUGAGAAGUUACAAGAAAUCAAAAGACUACAAAUACUCAACACACAAACCACGGAAGUCACGCAGCAGGAGUUCGUCACGUUCCAGGAGCCGAUCCCGGGAGCGCUCUGACCAUUCGGGGAAGUACAAGAAGAAAAGUCACUACUACAGAAAUCACAGGCAUGAGCGUUCGCGCUCCUACGAGCGAGCAAGUCAUCGCUAUGACCGAGACCAUCCUGGCCACAGUAGGCAUAGGCGAUGAAUAAAGCAAAAAUUUCUUUCCUUUGGAAUUUAAGCAGUGGAGCUCUUCCCCAUUUGGUCUUUGCAGUAUAGGGUUAACUUGGCUUGUAAACCACCUAGCUUGAGUAAUGUCCAUUCUGCUGGCAAUUCUGUACUUACUAUCAUGAAUCCAAAGGAAAGAUACUAACAUGACAGGUUGAUGUGAAAAACUUUAAUCUGAUAAAUGUCUUGGUGACUGUUCUGCUGGCGUGUCACCUAAUAACACUGCAGAACUUGUCUCUGGAUGCUCCUAUGCCUGCUCUUUAGUAAUUUGCAUACCGUAGUGCAUAGUGGAGUGGUAUUUGGGACUUCCAGUUCUGCAAGCAGGACCUCCGUUGCUCAGUAAUUGGAAUACUGUGCUGAACAGUCCUUCCCUGUGGAACUAGAAGGCUCAAGACAGUUCAUAAAAACCAUUGGAGUGGCUUGGUGCUAACAAAGCUGUCUUUUCAUACUGACUCAAUUAUGUUGUACAAAUGUAAGGUGACUUUUUUUAGAACUGUUGCCUAUAUUAGGUUAUAUAUGUGUAUAUAUAUUUUGCAGUGUUACAGUACAGUAUGGGAAUAUGGCCUUACUAGCCUUUACACUUUAUCCACAAUGUAAAUAAGCAUUUGUUUAAUACAGGUGGAAGAUACGUACAGAAAAUUCAAAACUUGAAUUCUAUCAAAAGACUUGUGUAGAAAAUUCUGAUAAAUGUGAAAGUAUUUAGCUCUGUGUAUUGAGAGUAGUAUAUUUUUAUCUGUGCAAUGCUGUGUGCAGGACACCAGCUCAUAAGACAUUUCCUAUAUAUACAUUUUAAGUGGUUUGAAAUUCUUUACUCAGGAUCUUUGACACUCUGAAGAAUUAGUAGUUUGUCAAUCUGCAUGCUUGUUGAAGAACAGAGCAUUUAAAAAAAAAAAAAAAAAAAGGCAAAAACCCCACAGCCCAGUAGUAUCAGUUCUAGUGGUAUAUCUGAGCUGUUACUCUCAUGCUCCCUAAUUUCAUUAAAGUAUUUGAUUUUCUAUUAAAUUUA